AUGCACUUGUACUCGCUUUUGGUCCUGGCAGCCGCCGAAUGGGCAGCCGCCGAGCAGCUUGUCCCCAUGCAAGCUGUCGGCAGCGUAUCUGCGCGCCAGCUCUUCGCCAAGUCCGAACCGGUAUUCGACUUCUCAAAGCGAGCCACAUGUGACAUUGGCCAAGUCGCCUGCCACGACGGCUGUAUCCCCAUCGGCGGCCGGUGUUGCGCCUCAUCAGGCUGGUGCAAGGUCGGCACCGUCUGCGACGACAAACUCGGCGGCUGCUGUCCGCUGGGCAAGACGUGCACCAGCGGUCCUACUGGCGGUCUGACCUGCGACACGGGAUACACGCCUUGCAAAGACAAGUGCAUGCCCGUCGGAGGAGACUGCUGCAGCAACGGCAACUUUUGCAAGGCCGGCACCAAGUGCGACGGGAAUGGCGCAUGUACCACGGGUGGCGGCGGCGGCGGCGGCAGCAACCAAUGCCUCUCGACCGAGGCGUCCUGCAAUGACAAGUGUAUGCCCAAGGGAUCCGUGUGCUGCGGCAACGGCAGGUACUGCCAGUCGGGAUAUACCUGCGUCAACGGCGGUCUGAGUUGUUCACCGGGCGGUACUGGCGGCGACGGAGGCGGAGGCGGAGGCGGCAACCAGUGCCUCGCAACUCAGGAGGCAUGCAACAAUAAAUGCAUGCCCAAGGGAUCCGUCUGCUGCGGCAACGGUAAAUACUGCCGGGCAGGAUACACGUGCGUCAACGCCGGGCUCAACUGCUCCCCGGGCGGCACUGGAGGCGGCAGCAGCGCUGGUGGUGAUGCCGGCACCACCUCUGCUGCCCUGGGCACAACCGCUCUGCCUACCUAUACGUUGACGUCGGACGACGGAUCUGGCGCUUCACCUACCAAUGCCCAACCUACCGAUACGCAGUCCGGGCCUACUCCUCUCGGGGGCACGACGGCCGCGGCCAACCCAGUCCCUACCGACUCUGGUGCCGGGACGGCCGCGGGCACCAAUGCCCCGACACAGACGAGAGCCCCGGCCGCUGCUGGAGUCGUUCAGGUGCCUCUGGCCUUGGGGGCUGUGGCGAUGGCCCUUCCCUUGGUGUUGUAG